CUUGGUCCUAAGUGCCACUGUCUGUGCCGAGUUUUUCAAAGGUCAGAGCAGAUUGAACCUUUGUGGUUUCAUUUUCCCUGAUUUUGAUUUUUCUUAUGGGGAACCUGUGUGGCUGCAUUCAAGGUGACUCGAAGAAGCCUUCCAAAAAGCAUGUGAAAAGGGAGCCCUCCUCUACUACCAAGGUGACUUCAGGGAGCACAUUCAAUGAGAAUACAAGAAGAUAUGCUGUGCACACCAACCAGUGUAGGAGACCUCAUGGCUCCCGGGUAAAGAAGAAGAGGUACCCACAAGAAGAUGACUUCCAUCAUACAGUCUUCAGCAACCUUGAAAGACUGGACAAGCUUCAGCCCACUCUUGAAGCCUCUGAGGAGUCUCUAGUUCACAAGGACAGAGGAGAUGGAGAGAGGCCAGUCAACGCGAGGGUGGUGCAGGUGGCCCCUCUGAGGCGUGAAUCUACUCCCCAUGAGGACACCGUACACGACAUCGCUAAUGAGGACGCUGUAUAUGACAUCGCUACUGAGGACGCCAUAUAUGACAUCGCUAACGAGGACGCCAUCCAGGGCAUCGCAAACGAGGACGCCGCCCAGGGCAUCGCUAACGAGGAAGCCGUCCACGACAUCGCUAACGAGGACGCCGCCCAGAGCAUCGAUAACGAGGACGUGGUCCACUACAUCGCUAACGAGGACGCCACCCAGGGCAUCGUUAACGAGGACGCUGUCCACAAUAUCGAGGACGUUGUCCACAAUAUCGCUAACGAGGACGCCACCCAUGGCGUCGCUAACGAGGUCGCCGCCCAGGGCGUCGCUAACGAGGACGCCGCCCACGCCGUCGCUAACGAGGACGCCGCCCACGGCGUCGCUAACGAGGUCGUCAUCCACGGCGUCGCUAACGAGGACGUCGCCUAUGGCGUCGCUAACGAGGAUGCCGCCCAGGGCAUCGCAAACGAGGAUGCCGCCCAGGGCAUCGCUAAGGAGGACGCCGCCCAGGGCAUCGCACACGAGGACGCCGCCCAGGGCAUCGCUAACGAGGUCGCCGUCCACGGCAUCGCUAACGAGGUCGCCGUCCACGGCGUCGUUAAAGAGGUCGCCGCCCAGGGCAUCGCGAACGAGGACGCCGCCCAGGGCGUCGCUACCGAGGACGCCGCCCAGGGCGUCGCUAACCAGGUCGCCGUCCACGGCGUCGCUAACGGGGACGCCGUCCACGGCGUCGCUAACGGGGACCCCAUCCAGGGCGUCGCUAACGGGGACCCCGUCCAGGGCGUCGCUAAGGAGGACGCCGUCCAGGGCGUCGCUAAAGAGGUCGCCGCCCACGGCGUCGCUAACGAGGAUGCCGCCCACGGCGUCGCUAACGAGGUCGCCGUCCAGGGCGUCGCUAACGAGGACGCCGCCCAUGGCGUCACUAACGAGGUCGCCGCCCAGGGCGUCGCUAACGAGGACGCCGUCCACGGGGCCGCUAACGAGGUCGCCGUACAGGGCGUCGUUUACGAGGACGCCCUCCACGGCGUCGCUAAUGAGGACGCCGCCGACAGCGUCGCUAACGAGGUCGCCGCCCAGGGCGUCGCUAACGACGAUGCCGCCCACGGCGUCGCUAAGGAGGACGCCGCCCACGGCGUCGCUAACGAGGACGCCGCCCAGGGCGUCGCUACCGAGGAUGUCGCCGACCUCAUCGCUAACGAGGACGCCGUCCACGGCAUCGCUAAGGAGGACGCCGCCCACGCGAUCGCUAAGCCGGACGCCGCCCGCGGCAUCACUAACGAGGACGCCACGGCAUCGCUAACGAGGUCGCCGCCCACGGCGUCGCUAAGGAGGAUGCCGCCCACAGCGUCGCUGAGGACGCAGCCCACACCGUCGCUAAGCAGGACGCCGUCCACGGCGUCGCUAACGAGGACGCCGUCCACGGCGUCGCUAACGAGGUCGCCGCCCAGGGCGUCGCUAACGAGGUCGCCGUCCACGGCGUCGCUAACGAGGACGCCGUCCAGGGCGUCGCUAAAGAGGUCGCCGCCCACGGCGUCGCUAACGAGGACGCCGCCCACGGCGUCGCUAACGAGGUCGAAGUCUAGGGUAUCACACACAAGGACGCCGUCCAGGGCAUCGCGAACGAGGACGCCGCCUAUGGCAUCACUAAUGAGGACGCCGCCGACGGCAUCGCUAAGGAGGACGCCGCCCAGAGUAUCGCUGAUGAGGUCGAAGUCCAGGGCAUCGCACACGAGGACGCCAUCCACGGCGUCGCUAACGAGGACGCCGUCGACGGCGUCGCUAACGAGGUCGCCGCCCAGGGCGUCGCUAACGACGAUGCCGCCCACGGCGUCGCUACGGAAGAUGCCGCCCAGGGCGUCGCUACCGAGGACGCCGCCCACGCGAUCGCUAAGCAGGACGCUGCCCACGGCAUCGCUAACGAGGACGCCGCCCAGGGCAUCGCUAACGAGGACGCCGCCCAGGGCAUCGCUAACGAGGUCGCCGUCCACGGCGUCGCUAUCGAGGACGCCGUCCAGGGCGUUGCUAAAGAGGUCGCUGCCCACGGUGUCGCUAACGAGGACGCCGCCCAUGGCGUCACUACCGAGGACGCCGACGACGGCGUCGCUAAGGAGGACGCCGCCCACGGCGUCGCUAACGAGGAUGCCGCCCACGCGAUCGCUAAGCCGGACGCCGCCCGCGGCAUCACUAACGAGGUCGCUGCCCAGGGCAUCGCUAAGCAGGACGCCGCCCACGGCAUCGCUAACGAGGACGCCACGGCAUCGCUAAUGAGGUCGCUGCCCAUGGCGUCGCUAACAAGGACGCCACCCAGGGCGUCGCUAAGGAGGACGCCGCCCACGGCGUCGCUAAGGAGGAUGCCGCCCACGGCGUCGCUAAGGAGGAUGCAGCCCACACCGUCGCUAAGCAGGACGCCGUCCACGGCGUCGCUAACGAGGUCGCCGCCCAGGGCGUCGCUAACGAGGUCGCCGCCCACGGCGUCGCUAACGAGGAUGCCGCCCACGGCGUCGCUAACGAGGAUGCCAUCCAGGGCGUCGUUAACGAGGACGCCCUCCACGGCGUCGCUCACGAGGAUGCCGCCCAGGCGAUCGCUAAGCCGGAUGCCGCCCACGGCAUCGCUAACGAGGUCGCCGCCCAGGGCAUCGCUAACGAGGUCGCCGUCCACGGCAUCGCUAUCGAGGACGCCGUCCAGGGCGUCGCUAACGAGGCCGCCGCCCAGGGCAUCGCUACCGAGGACGUCGCCAACCGCAUCGCUGAGGAUGCUGCCCAUGGCAUCACUAACGAGGAGGCCGCCCAGGCCAUCGCUAAGCAGGACGCCGCCCACGGCAUCACUAACGAUGAGUCCGCCCAGGGCGUCGCUAACGAGGUCGCCGCCCAGGGCGUCGCUAACGAGGAUGCCGUCCACGGCGUCGCUAACGAGGUCGCCGUCCACGGCGUCGCUAACGAGGACCCCGUCCAGGGCGUCGCUAACGAGGACGCCGCCCACGGCGUCGCUAACGAGGUCGCCGUCCAGGGCGUCGCUAACGAGGACGCCGUCCAGGGCGUCGCUAACGAGGACGCCGUACACAGCAUCGCUAACAAGGACUCCGUAUACGACAUCGCUAAUGAGGAUGCCGUAUAUGACAUCGCUAAUGACACCGUACAAGGCACGCUAACAAGGACGCUGUACAGGACAUCGCUAAUGAGGACACCAUACAAGGCAUCGGUAAUGAGGACGCUGUAUACGACAUCGCUAACGAGGACACCGUACAAGCCGUCGCUAACAAGGACACUGUACACAACAUCGCUAAUGAGGGCACCGUACAAGACAUCACCAAUGAGGGCGCUUUAUACGACAUUGCUAAUGAUACCGACAAGGCACGCUAACGCGGACGCUGUACACGACAUCGCUAAUGAGGACACCGUAUAAGACAUCGCUAGUAAGUAUCGCAAGAACAAAAAACCAAACACUGCAUAUUCUCACUCAUAGGUGGGAAUUGAACAAUGAGAUCACAUGGACACAGGAAGGGGAAUAUCACACUCUGGGGACUGUUGUGGGGUGGGGGGUGGGAGGGAUAGCAUCGGGAGAUAUACCUAAUGCUAGAUGACGAGUUAGUGCGUGCAGCACACCAGCAUGGCACAUGUAUACAUAUGUAACUAACCUGCACAAUGUGCACAUGUACCCUAAAACUUAAAGUAUAAUAAUAAAAAAAGACAUUGCUAGUGA